CAAUGUACAGGUUGAUCCAACAAGGACCAGGGCUCGGCAGUUUUAUGCAAAUAUAAUAGGCGUGCCAUGUCCGUGAGUCACAACCGGAACUGCACGGAGAAGCCAUAUAAAAACUAAUGGGAGAGUUAAUACGCAGAUAGCUAAAGCUUUGCAGCCUGCACAGUCGAGGGAAUUUAAAAAAAAGCAGAGAGAGAAGGGGGUUAAGAAAUUGAUCACGUCUGCAAAAUAAUUAAAAUAAAUCUCUCUCCUCUCCCUCUGAAGAAGCGACAAUACAAUGGCUGAUGAAAAUGCCAACACGAAAUGCAGUAGUUUUAACGUUUUGAACUGGGAGCAAGUGCAGCGGCUGGACAGGAUCCUAACGGAGACGAUCCCGAUCCACGGGCGGGGUAACUUCCCGACCCUGGAGGUGAAGCCCCGGCAGAUCGUGCAGGUGGUGCGGAGCCGCUUGGAGGAGAAGCGGAUCCGGGUGCGGGAUGUGCGGCUGAACGGCUCGGCGGCCAGUCACGUCCUGCACCAACGCAGCGGGCUGGGCUACAAGGACCUGGACCUCAUCUUCCGGGCUGACCUGAGCGGGGACAAGGAGUUCCAGACCGUCAAGAACGUGGUGCUGGAUUGCCUCUUGGAUUUUUUGCCCGAGGGCGUGAAUAAGGAGAAGAUCACCCCGCUGACCCUGAAGGAAGCCUACGUGCAGAAGAUGGUGAAAGUUUGCAACGACUCGGACCGCUGGAGCCUCAUCUCGCUGUCCAACAACAGCGGCAAGAACGUCGAGCUGAAGUUCGUGGACUCGCUGCGGCGUCAGUUCGAGUUCAGCGUGGACGCCUUCCAGAUCAACCUGGACUCGCUGCUGCUUUUCUACGAGUGCUCUGAGCACCCCAUGUCCGAGCACUUCCACCCCACCAUCCUGGGCGAGAGCGUCUACGGCGACUUCGAGGAGGCGCUGGAGCAUCUGCAGCACAAGGUGAUCGCCACCAGGAACCCCGAGGAGAUCCGCGGCGGCGGCCUCCUCAAGUACUGCAACCUGCUGGUGCGGGGCUUCCGGGCGGCCUCCGAGAGCGAGAUGAAGGCGCUGCAGCGGUACAUGUGCUCCCGCUUCUUCAUCGACUUCUCGGACAUCGGCGAGCAGCAGAGGAAGCUGGAGUCCUACCUGCAGAACCACUUCCUGGGUCUGGAGGACCGUAAGUACGACUACCUGAUGACCCUGCAGAGGGUGGUCAACGAGAGCACCGUCUGCCUGAUGGGACACGAGCGGAGGCAGACCUUGAACCUCAUCACCAUGCUGGCCCUCCGGGUCCUGGCCGAGCAGAACAUCAUCCCCAAUGUGGCCAAUGUGACCUGCUACUACCAGCCGGCUCCUUACGUGACCGACGCCAACUUCAACAACUACUACAUUGCUCAUGUGCAGCCGGUGUUUACCUGCCAGCAGCACACCUACUCGACCUGGCUGCCCUGCAACUGAGAAGAAGGCAAGAAGUGUUUUGAUGAGAACCAGACAAAAGGGGCAAAAGAGCAAGAGGGUGAGAACGCAAAGGGGGAGGGCACAGCACCUUGCUUUGUGGUUUGAAUCGGGGUGGGAGCAACACACUAUAUGUAUACACAUACACAGUAGAAAGUUCGACCCUGCCCUGGCUUGUUUAAUGCAAUGCUGAUCUGCUCAACUUCUGAGAGCUCAACUUUUUUAACUUUUUAAAAACAAAGCUCGUCUGCGUUUUUUUUCCCCUCUCUAGUUGAGGCAGAUCGAAAUUAUUUGAGAGGGAAGGGGGAGUAAACUCAAAUUCGAUUCAACCCAGAGCCAGGACGUGGGUAUGGCUGCUUUUUAAGAUGUUUUCUUUUUGAAAAAAGCUAAAUAACAAAACACUGUUUUUGCUUUGGCUUUGCACCCCGUCGAUUCUGGUUGUUAACUUAAAAUGACAACAUGGGAUAUCAGCACCCAUACUCUCUUGCGGUCAGGACUGACCAGCCCCUUUUUACAAAAAAUGCUAAUUUGUGGGUAAAGGAGAGGCUCCGAUUUUCCCUCCUUGCCUGUUCUCCGAUAAAUUCAUGUAGCAAAGAAGCUGAAACGCAGAGACCCGUCUCGUAUUGCCUUCUGUAAACAGGGUGGGGGAACGGUUGGAUUUGGGAGCUUGCGAAUGCCAUGUAUGGGAUGAUACACCAAGUCAAACUGCUUCUUUGCAGUUGCUUGCUUUUUUUUUGAGUGCUUUCUAAACUCUAAAUGGUUUUGCUCCAGACGCAGGAUGCAGGAUUAUUAACAGAUGACGACAGAAGUCGCUAUUGUGCUGUCCACGGCUCCUGGUUAGAGAGAGCGUACACUUCACAUUUUUUUUGAAUGUGGAAGUAUACAGAAUGCUUGGCUAAUAUAAUGUUCAAGGACCAAAGAUAUAUUUUUCGUUUUUUAUAUGUAUAUCAACAAAAAAAAACCCAUGGACAAGAACAGAUGUGGCUAAUUUAUAUUUGUCUACAUGAACAUGAAUCAAAAGUGCCUAUUACCUAUCAGAAUGGGAAUGGAGAUACUGUAUUCAAACCUUGUGGCUUAAUCCACAUUUUUCUUUAUCAGGGACAAAAGAACGUGUUCUUGCACGAAUUGCUAAAUUCCCUAUUUUCUUGGAAAAUACUUGUACUAAAAUAAAGUUGCUGUUUAUGUGAUAGUUUAAAAGUAUGUAUUGUCUUGGACAGUGUAGCACUUAGGCAAGUGUUUAAACAAAGUACUUUAUAUUUUCCAGUUUGUAAUGAGGUUCCUUUGGCACUUUUUGUUUCCUCGCUCAGAAAAGGUAUAAUAUGUUGUGUGAUGCAGUUGUAUUCGAGUUUUAGUUAAACAAAGCACAGUUGGAUGUCUGGGGAUAAAUGGAAGUGAGAGAGAACUGUGAAAUCUUGUAGUUUGCUUAUAACACCAAAUUAAUUGUGAAGUAGAUAAUGCAUUCAGAUAAGUAAUCCAGUAGAAUCCUCUUAGAAACCAGGAUGGGACACACCUGAGUUGCUCAUAACUGGGCUUGUGUAUAAUCAGGUCGGCUAUUUCAAUACUCCAUUAAUCAUAUCCAAAUGUGUUACUCUUAAUCUAGUUUGAUGUUACUAUGUCAGGAUCAUGUGACUUUAUUUGACAAUUUUUGGGAACAAAUUUGCAUAUAAUUACCAAAAAAGGGAACCCUGAUAAGGACUGCAAACCAAAUGAAGUGUUUGACAUAUGACUAACAUAAGCAGGUCAGGACAAUACUUGAGCACAAGCUAAUGGAAAUUGAAUUGGAAAGUGACAAUGCAUUCAGGAUUCUUUUGGUUAGACACAUUUGGGAAAAAAAACCCUGUUGUGUAAUGAGGGAAGAAUCUUCUGUCAGCUGUUUGACCCAAGGCAACAACAGCAGCUGUAAUUUGCUUUUGGUAUGUAGUUUUUUUUAAACUUUGCAACCAAAAUGUGGUGUCCCGAUAUUGCCAUUAUCUCCACCUCCAUCACUGUUCUCCCAUUUAGAAAUGUUUAAAAAUGCAUAUUUAAAUUUAUACUCAAUUGAUGAAUGAACUGUUUGAGUGACUGCUAACAGGAGAUUUGUGCCUGUCCUUUUAUCUUUUUAAAGUACUUUAAUCUCCAAUUCUAGUUCACCAUUUGUUCAAGAUUUGCUCUUCAUUGGUGUGCAUUUUGGCUAAAGUUUGUUAUACCAGGAUCCAUUAAAACAGUUCCUGUUACAUGUUUGAAAAUUAAGUGUUUGAGCCAGGAGAGAAAAUAAAACUUUGCACUCUGAACUCUUGCAAUCAGGAACGAGGAGUGACCUUCUCCAAUUUGCAAUGGGAAAGGAGUUGUACCAGCUUUUAAAUGCGCACUUUUUUUUUAAAAGCGUUUAAAAAUUCUCAACACCAGGUUGUAAUCCAAUGGGUUUAUUUGGAAGGACUAGCUUUCAGAGCACUGCUCCUUUUAUCAGGUGCUCUGAAAGCUAGUGUUUCCAAAUCAACCCAAUGGACUAUGACCUGGUGGUGUGAUUCUUUUAAAUACCCCAGUCCAACACCGGCACCUCCAAAUCCUGACUUUUCAUAACAAAAGUGCAGUCAAUUCUGAAAAAUCUUAAGUCUGUUACUUGGAAAUGAGCUUGUUCUAUUGUGGAAGAUAGGCUUAAAAAUGCAUAAUUGAAUGAACUCACUGUGCCCUCUUUGGUUUCUCAAGAGCUCGUGUUUACUGUUGCACAUCACUUAUACAUUCUACAGAGCCUGACAAACUGUUUGAAAUACAGCACGUUGUUUACUUGAGGGAGGUGGGGAAAGUACCUUCUCUGCCCUACAUUGAAUGGCAUGUAUCAUGCUGUUUGUUCAAUGUAAUACCCCAGUGACUGAUCAUGCAAAGGAAAGAUUUGUUUCCUCCAUCGGUACCAGUAGAUGCAAAUCAGAAAUAGCACAUAUCUGUCAGAAUCACAGUACACCUAGCAACUGCUUGUGUUGAAUGAUAGUUUGGGGAGAUAGGAUCAGCUGGUGAUGUGGUACGUUUAUUCUUAUCACAGUUACUUGGAGUUCCCAAGGAGGCCAUUCUUCAGCAGUGAGUCAUCCCUUUAUUAGGAUCAACACUACUUCUGUGGGAGGCUUGUAGACAUUUCUUGUGAAGAGCAAGUCUGCAAAACCACAUCAGAUAACAACAGCUUUUCAAGCACAGGGAUUGGGAGUGGGAAAGAGAAUGUAGGAUGCCUAAACUAGUUCCAAAAUAUAUCACUGCCACAAUAUCAAAAUGGUAAAGAAUGAGUUAAAAAGCAGUAUUGCAGCUAAUAUUGAGAUAAAUUGGCAGAGUAUUUAAGCUGUUAAGUGGAAAUUGGUAGUAGAGGCUGCAAACUAUGCAGCCUCAGAGUUUUGCUUAAUAAGUUUAGAGCUUGUGUGGGGGAGGGGGAGGAAAGGGAAUAAGAAUUCUCACGAAUUCCAGUUAAUAGCACAUGUAGCAACACAAUAGUAACACAUGUAGCAACAUGAGGGGCUGAAAUUAUCAACAUCUUUUUACAAUGGUGAAUGGAAUUUCAGCUGCCGUGGCCCUUUUAAAUACCAGAGAAGCGUGGGAGGCUUGUUUUUUUUUAAGUGACCAUCCAAGCACGAAUAGUGAAAUAGUUUUUAACAAAAUCUUCCAUAGCGAUAAAUCCUCUUCUCCAUUUGGAUUAGCUGCUGUUUUUUGUGUUUUUUUUUUGUAAAACCCGUUUUCAAUUUAUGCUGAAUGCUGUCAUUAAGCGAUUGAAUUGUUUAGAAAUAAAUGUACGUGUUCUCUUUCCAGCCCCCCUCGAGACACGCGUGCACACACUCCACUCGCCCUUUUAGUUGUUUUUGCCACUAAUAGGAGGGGAGAGCUGUUAUUCCAAAUUGAAAUGAAGUAUGCCAGCUGAAAUUCUGAAGUAAAAUGUAAUGCAACUUGCAAUAUGUAAGGUUUUUUUAAAAAAACUGUAAUCGUUUUGUGAUUUUUUUUGUUGUAUUCGAAUGUUCUGUAAUCCCACCUCAACUCCUCACCCCUAAGAAAAAAAAUCACGCCCUUUUGUGGGCAAAAAGAACACUUGAACAUCCUCAAGGCUCCCCAGCAGAUUGGGCUUCUUGCUGCAAACCUUGGAAUAUGAGGAAGGCUCUGUGCAUUUACUUUUUCUUCAACUGCCGCACGUAUGUUUGGCUUCAGAGAGGCUUCCUGUUGCAGCAAACUGUAACUUGGAUUUGUCUGCUGGACUCUCGGUGAGUGGAGGCUCUGUCAAAGAGGAAAUCAAGGAGCUGAUGGAACCUAGGCUUUGAAGACUUAAGCAUCUGUGUUAGUCACAAAGGGAACAGAUUGUGAAUUUUGUUUACACAAUCCAAUAUUUGGAUUUUUUUUGUUUUGGUAAAUAAAAGGAAGUUAUUUUUUUCUAUUGA